CAUUUGAAGAUCCAAGAGAAAGUUUGUUUUGCUGUUGCGCCUUAAACAACGUAUGUGACUGAUCAGAAAGAACGAUCUACGUGUACAAAUCUAGUUAUAAAAAAUGCCAGGAGGCUCAGUAAAGAAAACCUGCCCCCAGUGCCGGUGCUCUCUGUUCUGUGCACAGAAAGUUUGCAAGAACUGUGGGGCAGAACAGCCCAAAAAGCCGCAUCUGAAAAAGCGGCUGCAAAAUUUUGACAAAAAAAGGCGCCAGUGGGUGAGCCAGAAAAGGCAAACCCACAACAUGGCUUCAGUAAAAGAUGAGGCUGUUGUCUUGCUAGAGAAACUACAUGCCCUUGGCUACAAGCCUCUCCUGCUCUUAGGCAAGGACCAAGGGCCGAGGGCAUAUGAAGUCCUCACCCCAAGGUGCCAGCUGGACGCCAUGGCCACUAAACACCUUGGGCAAAUAGCUGGGCUAUUUGAAUUUGUUUGUUCAGGUUGGUCCAAAACCCUUACAGAGGUGGGUGACACCGUCAUCACCCUGUACCCUGUGGAGAAUUUGGCGGCCGCCGUGGAGAAGGAGGAGCGGGCCACCGUAGAGGAGUUGAAAGUUGUUAAAGUGGAGCCAGCAGUGCUGCAUAUGCCAGUGAAGAAGGUAAAAGAAGAAGAGGUUGACGAUUUCCUUCAAGAUGACCUGUUUGCAGAUCAGAAAGUAAAAGAAGACCCCGAACUGGAUCAUGACUGCAAGACUGAAACACACACAUCACCAACCUUCAACUGCAAAGAAGAACAGUCUCCAAUGAUGGAAAUUAAACAGGAGGAAGAAUCUGAUUUAAAAGAAGAUUUCCAGAAAGACUCUUUUCCCACAAAACUGAACAUUUCAGGAUUUACUGAACCAACACUGGUGCCCAUGCCAGUGAAGGAGAUAAAAGAAGAAGAGUUUGAUGAUUUCCUUCAAGAGUACCUGUUUGCAGUUCAGAAAGAAAAAGAAAACCCUGGACUGGAUCAUGACUGCAAGACUGAAACACCCACAUCACCAAAUUUCAACUGCAAAGGAGAAAAGUCUCCAAUGAUGGAAAUUAAACAGGAGGAAGUAUCUGAUUUAAGAGAAGAUGGCCAGAAAGAGCCCUUUCCGGCAAAUGAGAUGAGACAUACUGAUAAAAAGGCAAAUCAUUAUACGGAUUAUGGAAAAGCCUACUGUAAAAUUAAUCUCAAGUCCCAGCAGAGGAUUCACACAGGAGAACAGCCGUAUCGGUGCACCACAUGUGGGAAGAGUUUCAGGAACAACUCAAAAUUCACUGUCCAUCAGCGCACACAUACAGGAGAAAAGCCAUACAUGUGCUCAGACUGUGAACUGGAGUCUGAAAUGUCAGGAUUUACUGAAUCGACACCGCUGCCCAUGCCAGUGAAGGAGAUAAAAGAAGAAGAGUUUGAUGAUUUCCUUCAAGAGCACAUGUUUGCAGUUAAGAAAGUAAAAGAAGACCCUGGACUGGAUUAUGACUGUAAGACUGAAACAAACACAUCACCAAUGUAUGACUGCAAAGAACAACAGUCUCCACUGAUGGAAAUAAACAAGGAGGAAGACGCUGAUUUCAGAUUAGUUAUUCGUAAAGACUCCUACCCUACAGAUGGGAUGAGACAUACUGCGGAAAAGGCCCAUCAUUGUACAGAGUGUGGAAAAGCCUUCUGCAAGAUGAAUCUUCUCAAGUCACACCUGAGGAUCCACACAGGAGAAAAGCCGUAUCAGUGCUCUGAUUGUGGAAAGGCCUUUAGUCAAAAGUCUAAUCUAACAAAACAUCGGAUGGUCCACACAGGAGAAAAGCCGUUCCAGUGCACUAACUGUGGAAAGGCCUUUAGUCAAAUGUCUCAUCUCCAGGUACACCAGAUGAUCCACACAGGAGAAAAGCCGUAUCAGUGCUCUGACUGUGGAAAGGCCUUUAGUCAAAUGUCUCAUCUCCAGGUACACCAGAGGAUCCACACAGGAGAAAAGCCAUAUCAGUGUACUACAUGCGGGAAGAGUUUCAGGACUAAGACAGAGGUCAACGUCCAUGAUCGCACACAUAUGGGAGACAAGCCAUAUCCGUGCCCUCACUGUGGGAAGGCCUUUGGUCGAAGAUCUGGUCUAAAGCAACACCAGAUGAUCCACAUAGAAGAAAAGCCGUAUCAGUGUGCUACAUGUGGGAAGAGUUUCAAGACGAGGUCAUUGGUCAACAGCCACCAGCGUACACAUACAGGAUAAAGGCCUCAUUAGUGCUCUGACUGGAAUGUCCUUUAGUCACAAGUAUUCUCUAAUGCGACACCAGAAGCUCCACGCAUGAGCAGGGGCGUCGCCAGCCGAUUUUGCCGGGGCUUCUGCCUCGAAGGUUUUGAGUGUAGCCCCGAAUGCAAUCUGCAAAGGUGACUACCAAAUAUGAAACCAUUAUUCAAAACGUGCAUUGAAACUUUGAGAUGAGAUGGACCUAUUUAUCAAACAUAAAAGCAGGACACGGGUUUCCUCUCUCUCUCUCUCAUGCAGCAGAUCUAACUUUUGGAACGUUUGGUUGAAAAUUACUGGUGUUUCUGGUUUGGGAAGUCUUUGAAUCAACUGUUUAAUCUACUUCCACAUGAGAAGUGCAAUAGAGUUGAACAGUGAUCACAUUUAGCCUAAAAUUGUAUCCCACACUACACCCCAAUGAAGAGAUACUGUUAUAUUCUUGCUGUUUAAUGAUGAGCUGAAUGAAUCUGAGGCCAAAUCUGAAGAUAAUUACAAGAGGAAUACCUAAAGAAAUCAGUCGUACUGGUAAAACAAAAA